CACCGAGACGAAUGCAAUGCAAAACAGAAAACAAAAAAACACGGAAUUCUAAUUCAGAACAUCAAACUUUAAGCGCGGAUGAUUUAAAUAAAUUAAUCAAUUUUAUUAAGUAGAAAUGUGAAAAUGUGGUGAAAGAAUGUGUAGAAAUAUGUAAGUUAACUCAAGUGCGUUUUAAGUACGGGCAAAUUGCGUUAGAGUGAGGGCAGAGAUAAGCAAAAAAUCAUUUGGGGCCUCGCCAGAUUGACGACCUAAUUGGAUAAUUAGGUGCUUGAAAAUUUACAAUCACAACUCGCGGCAAAUCGCCCCACAAAAUCAAUGUUAACCAGCCAUCAAAGUCGAUUAGCGUUUGCACUGAAAAUAGUCAAAGGAUUCAUGUGAAUACAUCAAACACUCGCGGAUAAACAGACACACUCUUUUAUAGGAAGAGCGCUCUGUAAAGUUCUACUUUUAACUGAAUCCCCGAAGAACACUAAAAAUGGUGAAAAUUCUGCAAGCCUAUAACUUUGCCAAGCAGCACACGUACGCUCUGAAUGGUGACAUACUUUCCGCCUCACUGAUCGAUUCCAGUCGAAUUGCUGUUAGUAGCGCUGAGCAAUUUAUUGAAAUCUAUGAUAUCGGCGGCAAGCAGCGGCGUAAUGAAUUGAAUGGCAUCGAUUUGAAUGCCAUUACCACGGCAAGUGAGUAUGCCGCAGCUGAGGCAGCAGCGAUGGCGGCUGCGGCACAAGCUGCAGCGGAUGAGCGGCUGCCCACGAAAUAUACGCUCGCAACGGUGGGAGAAGUGGUGCUCCUGAUUUACUGCGAAGCAGGCAAAUAUCUACUCACACUGGAGAAGGAAACUCUUGGAAGUCCAGUACAAACUGGCACCACCGGUAUCAGUUGCACCAGUAGCAGUAACAAUACGGCCAUUUGUCCGGAGGAUGAUACUAAAAUGUUUGUGCGGAUCUAUGCAAAUUUUUGGAAAUUUCCCGAAUCAAAACUCAUCGAUCUACCCAUAACUAUACGUAUCGCCUCCAUGACCACGCCUAAGGCGCCACUGGUGGAGAGCAUCGACGUGAUUGAGUUGCCUUUGCGUAGUCCACCCGAUCUCAUACAAUGCUGCCAGACAUCCGGCAACAUUAUCGUGAGCAGCAGGGAGCGCAUCUACCUAUACGAGUACACACAGUGCAUACAUGAAACCACACAGCCACGAUUCUCAUAUAUUGACUUCCUACCUUUUAAAUUCUUUGUGAAUCUAAAUUUUGUGCCACUGCGCUUGUGUCUCGCUGAAAAUGUCAUUGCUGCAAUGAAUAAUCGCUACUGUGUUGCAUUUAAAGUGGUCGACGUGGUGAGUAGUAGUGCAGCUGGUGGCGCGCAUUGCAGUCCGUUAGAUAAUGAUUACGGUGGCGGCGGCUGCGGUGGUGGUGGUGGGUUAGACGAUGUCGCCGACGUGGAUGUUGACGAGGCCAUUUCGAGUUCUGAAUCAAGUCUAAUGAGCAAAGUAAGUGCGGGUCCCUCGAGUCAUAAUAGCUUUGAAACAGAUUCUUUGGAAACCACCUCAAGUGGGCGUCCGUUGGGUGUGGCUGGGUUUCCAGGACGCACACCAAUCGAUUUCAAUGUUGCACGCAUUGUGAACUCGGCUUGUGGACGUGAGUUCGAAGUAGAUUUAAAGUCACAGUGGGAGUUGGGUGAGGCCAUAAGUGUUGGUGGCGGCGGUGGUAUUGGGCCGACAUCGAUCGGUAGUAUCGGCGGUGGUGUUUGUGUUGGAGAUACACAGGAGAUUAUUAUUAUGCCGGCACGCGCCAACGACAUAAAAAUUAAGCUGGUUAAUGAAGCGAAAGCUAUGAAUGUACAGCGUGUUGCCACCCAUGGCAACAUGGCAUACGCUUACAACGAGGACACCAGUGUCCAGUAUGAUGUGCGCAAGCUGCUGCAAAUUUGCAUGAAGUCUUCGGAGCCCAAUGGGCGAAUUGUAGACAUUUUGCGUUGCAUGGAUUUGAAAGCGAUUUAUCAACGCCAUCCACAUGAAGACGGCUUGGAGGACUCCGAAUAUGAUAUGGGCAAUCAGCAGGUGCCGGGCGCUGUGACCACUACCAAGCACGCCAAUCGACGCACACUCAAAUCUGGACAACACCAGAGUUGCGUGGGUUAUGCAUUACUAGUGGCAAGUAGCGUGGAUGGGUAUCUGUAUCAGUUUUGUGCGCAAGGCAAAUGGUAUAGUGAGAACGAGAAGCCCAUUGCCAUUUAUUCAUUCACAGCACCGGUUUUGAAGGUGCACAUCAACGAUUAUGUCAUCUAUGCAAUAACCACGGAGUCGGUGGAGACUCACACUUCGCGCAUUGGCCAUAAACUUUACCACAAUCGCUUCGAAUAUCCCACAUUGGGUGGACUUUUCCCCGAGGAAUCCAGCCCCGAUGUGAAUUCGGCUAUUGCUGUAAUCGGUCUUUGCGCUUUUAUGCAUGUCCAAUACGUGUGUGUGAAUCGAAAUAAUUUAGUGCUAAUUAGCAAUAGCGCAUUAGCUAACAAUAGCAAUGAUGUCAGCAAAAGACGUAAUGGGGGCAUCGGCAGUGGGAGUGCUGGUGGACGCAACAUAGCGGCACGUAUUCUGGCCGAAACUAAAGUGAAGAAUUUAUUACGCAGUAGCAGCAACAAUGCUGCUCAACAAACUUUAGUCAACGAGUGGACGCUUUACAAUUUGGAGGUGCCAUUGGUGGAGCAUGUAAUUGAGGAUUUGGAGGCAAUCGCAGAAUCAUAUCGUGCGGCUAGUAGUACGAAUUUUUACGAUUUAAUGGAGGAGGCGCAUGUCAUGUUGCGCCUAAGUUUGUCGCUGCAGUGUGAACAGUUGACCGAAGAGCGCGAACAACAGCUGCGCAGCAAAUUCGUAGAUAAUUGCCGAAAGUUAGCUGAUUUCUCGAUACGUUCACGUAAAAAGGAGGUGUACCUGCAGGCCACAGGCUUUUACAAAAUGUGCAACCUACAACUUGCCGACAUCUACAGUAACUACAUCAACUGCUAUGUGCAGCCUGCAUGCGGAGAGCAACAGCAACUGCCGUUUGUUAAUUGCAGUAAUUCGCCAGUAAUCGAUGAGAUGCAGCUGGUCGGUUUAAUUUAUACUGUGAAAAUGUUUCUACUUGGUUUAGGCACCGAUCGCCUACUUGCCGCCUUCCUCAAUCAGCUAGUGAAGCCGUUUUUCACGCCAAAUCGUGUCAUCGACCAAGGCUUCCUGCAAGUGCCUUUGUCAUUAGAGUUUCUAAAUAUGUUUAUUAAAUAUUCGCCAAGCGACAUACCUCAAAUCAUGUUGAACUCACCAGUGGUGGCAGAUGCGAUCAGUGGAGAAUUGGUCAAUUACCUAAAAUAUCUGGAUAAACUGAAUCCGGAUGAGAAUCUCCUUCUCGCUGUAACCGCUUGCCGCAUGUCCAACUAUCUGCUCGCCCAAGAAGUGGUAGCACGUUUGAGCCGCCGCGAAUUGGCUGUUGCUCUUAUUAAACACAAGAAUGUGCUCUUUGAUGAUGGCACCGUACUCUUCCAACGACGUGGUUCGCAGCACUACGAUUCACUUAAAUUCCGUAGCGGCUCCAUUGCUACGCCUGCCAGCGGACAACACCACAAAUCGACAACUGCACAAUGUACGCGUCGCCAACAAAAGCGUAAACCGUCAUUCGGUCUAGCGCAAAGUUCAAGCCCUUUACUCGCUCCCACGCACACUGCGCAUGGUGUCAUUUCGUUCUCGGAUUUUACUGAAACCAUUUUGCUAGCCACGGAGAAUACCGAUUUGAUUGAGGCUAUCAGUGAUGUAUUUAUACACGCUCUGUGUAUUGAACACAGUAUUACGUUGGAUAUCAUUUUGCAAUUGUUCCUCAACUAUAUCGCCGCACAUAUCGGUCAUAAGGGUUAUCAGACAUCGCAAAAGGUGUUUGUGAUUGUUUUGCAGGUCUAUUACUACGAUUACUUUGAUGUCAACCCAAUGCACAACCCCCAUGAUGUUCCCUCACAGACAGCCCCCAACAUAGAGGGCGGCGAUGAAUACGAUGAAUCUUCCUCGAAGGCGCCUUCACUAAACAGUGAACGGGAUAACGAAUCAAUAGCUAAUUCACUGCCCGACUCAAAUUCCGGCGCCAGCUCGUCAAUGGACGACCGCAGCUAUUCCCAUCCCACGAAUCGCAAUCGAAUUGUUUACGAUCAGUUGCAUGAUCAAAAUUCUCCAUAUAAACGUAAUAUUACAAUUUCACCAAUUCAAUUAGACAGCAAUGAACCACAGACGCCGACACUAGGUAUCAGUGAUACUGAGACAAACCUAAAAGGACUCAAAAUACUCUUUCGCAUGUAUAUGGGCCGCCUAAAAGCGCUAAGUGAUCUCAUAACUGAUCUCCAAUCAGCUGAUGUUGAGCAACAGCCUAUUAAUGAAGAUUUUGUGAGUUUACGCAUGGAAUGCAUUAAGUUUAUGAUACGCCAUUUGCAAGAUCUGCGCUCACAACAACAUCAGCAACAUCAACAAAAUCCUUUGUUGCGUCACAAUGGCGGUACUCAGUAUUAUUAUGCAAAAUCGGCAAGUAGCAGCGUCGUGCAGCCGCCGGCAGUGGUGGAUGAGCGUAAAAUCGUGUACGUGCCAUUUAUACCGGAUUACAAAUUGAAUGGCGAAGAGUUUGAGCGUCAUAUAAAAUUAUACCUGCGACCGAUUCCAUGCUUGCUAGAUCGGCCGCAAUACCUAAAUCGUUUGCCACCAUUUCGACGUGACGACUUCAGUUUUCCUAAUCGAGAUGAAGGCGAGUGUGAGGUGCGGUUCUUGGGUUGGCAUAAUGAGUUGCUCACGCUGACACUGAAAAUACAGUCGCUCUUGGCUUCAACGAAAAUUGAUCGUGAGAUUAUUGAAGAGUUUAUUGCAUUCAUACAGAAAACACCGGAUUUGAUUGGCAUCGAUAGCUUCUUGGUGAUUGUUUUGCCAAAACCUCUAGCCAUCAAUUAUAUGUUGAAUUUCUGUCCCGAAUACAUGUGGCAGUAUGGCAAGUCGAAUGGAUUUACGCCCAAGCACUGGGAGUCGCUCUUGAAGAAAAUCUUAAGCAAACAAGAAUUGAUGCCUAAUUGGAAAGUCCAUAUCACAGAAAUCCUUAACAACCUGGUUGCUGAGCUGUCAUUCGAGGAGCUACUGCAAUGCUUUCCCAGUGAAGCUAUCAAACAUCAUAAGACCGAAGCAUUCCUAAAAGAAUUUAAUGAUAAUCGCAUCAAUUACAUCAAUGAAAAAUUGACGUUCGAAGAGUUACAAAAGACUCUACAUUCAAGCGACAACGAAACAGUGUUAGCACGCGAUCAUCUGCCAAUGGACAACAUCGAUGAAAAUAAUGUUUUCGAACUCACAUUGCGUAAAGCUGUUUCAAAACAGCGUAGCAUCGCUUUGCGUUCGAUGAUUGAAUCCACAGGCACACAACUAUUUGAUGCUACCAGCAACCCAAUGUAUAAUCUUUGAGAUAACCGUUGCACUUAGAUAAGGAAACACCAACUGGGCACGCCAAAGAAAAAUCCUACCAUUCGGUAGUGUCUAAGUUGUGGCGUAAUGCGUAGAAUAGUUAUUAUUAAACUCACACAUAAAUAAUCACUGAGAGUGAAGUAUAUUUGUUACGCAUACAACACUUAGGUGCUUGAAAUCAUUCUAAUUUUUUAUUGAUAUGUUUUACGCUAGGAAUGCAACUUAUUUACAUACAUACAUAUACAUAUAUACACUGAAGAGCAAAACUGUAACAAAAUGUAAUACUUUCUAUUUCAACACAUUUUUUUUUAGACAUGUUUUAACAAAUCAAAUAUUUUUUUUGCAUAACUUUAUUGGCAUGUAUGUACUCUCUCUCUCAAACCGGUUUGGUGUCAAUGCAACAACAACAACACUAGUAGCAAGCAAUAAUGCAAAUAAAGACAAAUGUUACAGUUUUGCACUCAACCCAUUUUUUAUUUUUUACAAUAAAUAAAAUAAAUAUUAAUAAGAUGUCCAAUAUCCUUUGGAUUUUUUCAGCUCGUGGAUACGAUUGGGCAUACUUCGUGUAUAAAAUAAAUAAAUAAUUGGCGCGUACACUUCUGUUAGGUGUUUGGCCGAGCUCCUCCCCCUAUUUGUGGUGUGCGUCUUGAUGUUGUUCCACAAAUGGAGGGACCUACAGUUUCAAGCCGACUCCGAACGGCAGAUAUUUUUAUGAGGAGCUUUUUCAUGGCAGAAAUACACUCGGAGGUUUGCCAUUGCCUGCCGAGGGGUGACCGCUAUUAGAAAAAUGUUUUUUUUUAUUAAUUUUGCUUUCACCGAGAUUCGAACCAACGACCUCUCUGUGAAUUCCGAAUGGUAAUCGCGCACCAACCCAUUCGGCUACGGCUACCUCAAGACAAAGUCAGUCGGAAUAGCAUCCCAUACAUCGCGUGUUCGCUCCCACAGCUCAUUAACUCCACUGGGCGGACUUGAAUAUUCGGCAAGCUUCGAUUUUACAUGACUCCAUAAAUUUUCGAUUGGGUUCAUGUCCGGUGAUUGUGGAGGCCACUUCAAGUUACGAAAUUUUUGGCGUUGCAUCCAAUUUCGUACAACAUGUGCGGUGUGCUUAGGGUCAUUGUCU